UGAUAAACUUAUUAAAUAGGUUUAUGUUUGUUCCUGGCCGAAAAAAGCGUAGCCCUUUCAGUUUUGUUCUUUAUGAGGUUCAAAACCCGAAUAAUUGCGUUGUUGUGUUGUUUGAUGAUAUUUGCACUAUGUUUCAUAUUCAUUCCCAGUGGAGAAAUUCCUGUGCCUCAUAUUUACGCAAUCACUCCAACUUAUGAUCAUAUUACGCAGAAGGCAGAGCUUGUGAGUUUGGUUAUUCUUCUGCAAAGAAUAGAGAGAUUAGUAUGGAUUGUCGUAGAGGAUAAAGAAAAGAAGUCACAGUGGCUUGCAGAUUUUCUUGACGAGAGUGGUUUAAACUUUGUUCAUUUAAACGCACCUACGCCAGACACUUUUCGUAACGAGAAAGUGAAUGGGAAACUUUACAUGCCGAAAGGCGUUGAGCAGAGGAAUGCAGGGCUGACGUGGUUGCGAACUCAUAAUGUGUACGACGGUGUAGUCUACUUCAUGGAUGAUGAUAACACCUAUCACCCUCGGGUUUUCGAUGAGAUGAGACACACUAAACGUGUGUCAAUAUGGCCUGUGGGAUUCGCCGGUGGGGCUUUAGUGGAAUCUCCUGUCGUUGGAAGAAACGGAAAAGUGGUCGGAUUCAUCGGUGGUUUUGCCAAACACCGGAUGUUCCCGGUGGAUAUGGCCGGAUUUGCAGUUAACGUUGAACACAUACUGAACAGUGAUGCAGUAUUCAGCAGACUAGAAACAAUGGGCAUCCUAGAAACGAGGUUUUUGGAGGACUUGGGAUUCAUUUUGGACGAUUUGGAACCAAAAGCCGACAAUUGUAUGACGGUUCUAGCCUGGCACACGAAGUUAAGUCAGCCGAAGUUGAAAUAUGACGUUGACUGGAAAGGCGGGGAGGUUUAAUUGUCUUGAUAUUCUAUCCUCCAGGGUUUGCACAUGUGUAAUGCAGAAUCGUACUGAAGAUACUAGAGUUGAAUCAGAAAGAGGGUCAGAAUUGCAAGGCUUAGUUUUCUGAUUUAUAUUUCUUAUUUGAAGUGUUAAUGAACAAGGUGCGAAAUAAAUUGAGUAAAAUUUUAUUUUCUUCAGGGGAUCUUGUGUUAGAUAUCCUAAGAGUAGAAAAUCAAUUCAGUUGUUUUCAUUCUGAAGAUAUUUAUCAAAAAAAAAGUGACGAUCGCAUAAGUUCACCGAGCAUUAAGGUGUCGUAUAUUUUAGUAUGAUAUACGAGAAAAAACGUUGAAAAAUGACUUCUUCAGAAAAAUCAAACCUCGAGUUUAUUAACACUUUUCAUAUUGUCUGUUGUUUGUAGUCUGUUUUGUCAUCAUGGAACUGAAAUAAAGAAAAAGUGAGCAAUUUUGAAUCUCUGUAUCAUUAUCAAUAAACGUGAUCAGUUGCAUAACUAAAUUUAUUUGAUAAAAGCUUGAUAGCGAUCGGGUUGUUAUGCCUGUUGUUGCUGUGCUAAAGUAUAAUUGUAAAUAGGUGCUAAAUAUUUUGUAUAGUUAAAUGAAAUUUUAAAUGGAACUCAUCACUCUUUGAUACUUUUUAACUUUAUCACAACAAAAUUAAAAAUCAGUA